AAGAAGAAGAAGAAGAAGAAGAAGAAGAAAUGUCGUCAUCAUCAUCUACGACGACACUGAGCCAGUUGUUUGAUCUUCCAGCAGGAGAGCAGAUCUGCUAUGUCCAGUGUGGAUUCUGCACCACCAUUUUGCUGGUGAGCGUGCCAUGCAGCAGUAUGUCAAUGGUGGUGACAGUGAGAUGCGGGCACUGCACAAGCCUGCUGUCUGUGAACAUGAUGAAAGCCUCUUUCGUUCCUUUCCAUCUCCUAGCCGCCUCUCUUCCUCACCAUGAUCAUAAUCAAGAUCUUUCUCCCCACCAUAAUCAUCAACAACAAGAAGAAGCAGCAGCUGCUAUAACGGUGACUACUACUAACAAUGAAGAGGAAGAUCAAGAUCCCACCGUUCAUCUCAACCGCAUCAUCAAUAAACCUCCAGAGAAGAGGCAGAGGGCUCCAUCUGCUUACAAUCGAUUCAUCAAAGAGGAGAUCAAGAGGCUGAAAGCUGAUAACCCCAAGAUGGCACACAAAGAAGCAUUCAGCAUGGCAGCAAAGAAUUGGGCUCACUUCCCGCCAGCGAUACACAGGGAAGAUGGAGAUGAUGAUGAGGAUGAAGAUGAGAUCGGGUUUAAGCACCAGCGAAAGCAGCAGCAAGAAGUAGAAGUAGAAGAAGAGGAAGAUCAUCGUCAAGAGCCAAACACACCUUGGAGCAGCUUUGAUGAACCAGAGGAGAUUUUCAGGUGAGCAAACAAGGCAAAGGGUUUUGAGGGAACUUUCCAUUAUGGCAAUCUGAAAGGAAAAGCUUGGAGCUUUUGGGGGCCAAUGGGGCAUUACUGUUCUGUUCCAAUUGGUGCAAUAUGAAAGACACCUUUGUAAUGAAUUAUUGAAUGCAUACACACCUUCUCUCUAUUUCUCUCUAUCUCUCUCUUCUUUCUUGUACAAUAAUAAUUAAACAACUAUAUAUAUAUAUAUAUAUAUAGCACGUAAAGGCAUUGUGACAUUUUAGGGUUAGGGUUUUCUGUCAAAGUCUCAUAUCAAUUUGUGGCAUGAAUGUAUAUAGAUGCUCUUGGGAAUUGGGGUAUUUUGAGCUGCGCGCACACUCACUCACUGAACUUUCACCAUCGGUACUACUGUAGAUUGAGAAACCUAUGAUUCAGCUUCUAUUUCCAAUCCGUAUCUACCUAUAGUUAGCUUGAAUGUGCAAUAAAUGUACAUAGAUG